AUCCUCGUCUCUGUUUCGCUACACCUCGUACUGCUGUAGACAACUCCAGAACUCAAUUCUAUAUACUACUCAGCUCACCACAAUGACUGCCACUCCCGCUACCUGCCGCAGCAAGUCGGAAAUAUUCACGAGGAACUCGUGAGCGGUUUCGCUGAUCAUGUUAUGCUCGUGUGCCCUGCAGCCUGGUACCAGACUGUUCGAGGGAAACCUGCCGAUGCACUGAAGCUUAACGAGAGCGCUCCGGUCCCUAAGCCCGCCCAAGGAGAGGUGCUCAUCCGAGUACACUCGGUCGGUCUCAACCCGGUCGGCUACAAGCUGAUGGCCAUGACAGUUUGGCCACUGUUCAAGCUGCCCGCUAUUCCGGAAUUGGACUUCUCCGGGACCGUCGUAGAUGCCAACGGGACUACCUGGAAGGCCGGUCAAAAGGUGCUGGGUAGGUUUGGAACCGGAGCCAAGAUGAACAAGGGUCAAGGAGCUCUUUCCGAGUACACCGUGAUCUCGGCGGAGAACAUUGUCGAAAAGCCCGAUUCGCUGCCUUUCGACCAAGCGGCCGGAUUGAGCACCGUCGGCCUGACCGCAUACGACUGUCUCAGCGUCAGGCCCAAUCAGGUCAAGCCCGGUUCUUCCGUCUUCAUCAACGGAGGAUCUUCCUCUGUCGGCCAGAUGGCUGUCCAGAUCGCGAAGAACAUGGGAGCUAGCGACAUCGCUGCGAGCUGUAGCAAGGAGAACCAUGCUAUCGUGCGAGAGCUCGGGGCGACGGACUUGUACGACUACAAAGCGUCCCCAUUGACCGAACAGUUGAAAUCUUCCCGCUCUGGAAGACCAUUCGACCUGAUCGUCGAUGCCGUCGGAUCACCCGAACUGUUCACCUCGUCUACUUCUUACCUGAAGCCAGACGGGCUGUUCGUGACCAUCUCGGCCAACGGAUCGACGGCGGCCCCGAUGGGGAUGGCCAUGUUCAGGCCGACGUUCUUGGGAGGAACUCCGAGGGCUUUCAAGCUGAUCAUGACGGAUUGGAACAAGGGGCACUUUGCGGACAUGCUUCGAUGGCAAUCAGAGAAGAAGCUCAAGGUUCCUAUCGACUCGGUUCACCAGGGCACUCAGCAGGGCGUCAUGCAGGCUUACGAUAGAAUCAUGUCCGAGAGGGCCAAGGGCAAGGUCAUCAUCGACAUGCAAUGAUCGCCUGGAAUCAGCUCUCUCAACCGAGGUGGAUCUCGUCUUGAGCCUCAUGUUUGUUUUGUAUCUACCACAUCAGGACUGUAGCCCGAAACACGUACAAGA